AUGAUUUAUAUUGUCCUCAAUUCUGUCUGGGAGGAACGCUCUGCUGCUGAGCGGCUCUGCGGGCUGAAGAUGGCGGACGGAGAGAGCGAGAGUCUUGGAACGGCCCUCUCUGGCGGGUCCGAUACCGGCGAGCCUGCCGCUAAGCGGUCCAAAACAACCACGGAGACCAGCCGCGGAUUCAAGGACUCCGAGGAAAGCCAUUUGUCGUGCCUCUCCGGAGCCCGGGGAAGCUGGGAGGCGGCGGUGAAAUGUGCGCUGCCAGCGGAGAUGGAAGCUCCGCCGGUGAUGGCGGUAGAGCAGGAGGCCCCAGGAGCGCGAGGCCGAGACAACAAUGGACCCGGACUGUCAGAGCGACACAGAGCUGCAAUAAAACAAGACGACGGCGCUGCUUUUAUUGCCGGCGAGGAGGCUGCUGAUCUACUUGGUCACGGGUAUCUGUCCACAUCCAACGGGUUGGCUGUCACACCGGAGCACAUCAACGACGAUGACAGAUCCUCGCAUGCCAGCUCCAGCGACUGGACCCCUCAACCGCAAAUAGGCUCCUACAGUUUCAUCCAGCAACACAUCCGGGAGACAGAUCCACGCACCAUUCUGCGCGAACUGCUGCCGGAGACCGUUCUCCCGCCAGAUUUAGAUGACAUGACGCUGUGGCAAAUAAUCAUCAACAUCUCUGAACCGCCCAAAAGAAAGAAGCGAAAGGAUAUAAAUACAUUGGAGGAUGUGGUUCGACUACUUAACGAAAGUAAACGGAUCCUGGUGUUGACUGGUGCUGGGGUGUCCGUCUCAUGUGGGAUUCCGGACUUCCGCUCCAGGGAUGGAAUUUAUGCACGUCUUGCUGUAGAUUUCCCAGAUCUUCCAGACCCGCAAGCUAUGUUUGACAUCGAGUACUUCAGACGAGACCCAAGACCCUUCUUCAAGUUCGCCAAGGAGAUCUACCCUGGACAGUUUCAGCCCUCACCCUGUCACAAGUUUAUAUCGAUGUUGGACAAACAAGGGAAGUUGCUGCGCAAUUACACCCAAAACAUCGAUACGUUAGAGCAGGUAGCAGGAGUUCAGAGAAUAAUCCAGUGUCAUGGUUCAUUUGCCACUGCAUCUUGUCUCGUCUGCAAACAUAAGGUUGACUGUGAGGCUGUGAGAGAAGACAUCUUCAACCAGUGUGUCCCUCACUGUCCGCGGUGUCCAGACAUUCCUCUGGCCAUCAUGAAGCCUGACAUUGUUUUCUUUGGAGAGAACCUUCCGGAAAUGUUCCACCGAGCCAUGAAGCAGGACAAAGACGAGGUGGACCUCUUGAUCGUCAUCGGCUCCUCACUUAAAGUCCGCCCAGUUGCCCUCAUCCCAAACUCAGUUCCUCACGAAGUGCCUCAGGUGUUGAUCAACCGAGAGCAGCUGCCACAUCUCAACUUUGACGUGGAGCUUCUCGGGGACUGUGAUGUAAUCGUCAAUGAGCUGUGUCACCGGUUGGGUGGGGAAUAUGAGCAGCUCUGCUUCAACACUGUCAGGCUCUCAGAGAUCACAGAAAAGCCUCCUAGGCUACUGGAGCAGCAGCAGCAGCCAUGCGAGGCCUUGUCAGCGUCCAGCGACACGGCGCUGCAGCAGGACCAGCAGCGCAACACGAACUCAUUUACCAAGCCUUCCGAGCAGACGGAAUGUCAAAACGACACAGACACUGUUAACAAUGAAACAUCACCUCCAGAGCGCAGUCCAAAUGACCAGUCUCCGAAUGAAGAGUGCCCUGAACCCUUAGAGGUACAAGCAGCAGCAGCAGAAGAGACAAAAGACAUACCAGAAGGGAAAAGCCAAAUCUCCAGCCUUGAAUUCCGUCGACGGUGCUGGAUGAAUCGGAUCAACAGGAGUCCGAUCAGCAAGCGACUCGAGACCGGCCAAUAUCUGUUCCAAGCACCAAAUCACUACAUCUUCCAUGGCGCCGAAGUUUACUCCGAUUCUGAAGACGAAACAUCCAGCUCCUGCGCUAGUGACAGCGAGGAGUCGGAAUGCAGCGCAGACGGAGCGGAGGGCGACAGCGAGCCGGAGGAUGCCAUUGCUUUGCCAGAGACAGACGGACAAACAAACCUCAGAGACACAAUGCAACACACUUUCACCAGCGAGGCCACAGACAGCACAUGCGAAACGACUCAAAGCACCACACACCUUUAAAUGUAAAGUACUGACUUGUCGCCUAUUUUUAUAUGUUUCAUAUAUUUUGACUUUCAUCAACCUAUUAUUUUUCAUAAAGUUGAAACUGCUUGACAACUUGUGUGAAUAUGCAGCAAGGUUUUUUUCCCCUUCUCUUUUCUCUGUCUGUUCUAGAACAUCUUACUGUAUGCUUGUUACCAAAUGGAGAACAGUAGAAUGGUCUGUUUCUUAUUUGGCAUGCUCAGACUGUGUUCAUGUUAUUUUGGAAUUUGGCACAUGCAUAUCAGUUAUUUGGGCUCAGUGAUGAAAAGUAACAUCUAGUCUAGACGGGUUGCAUCUAAUUCAUGUUACAGACAUGGACAUAGAUGCACAUUCGAUUGAGAAACAGGACUGUCAGCUUCAAAAUCCCCAUGUGGUGGUUUACUUGAAUAUUUUAUCAUCUGCAAUACGACCCAUUCAACUCUGCCCUUGAGUGGUGUGAAGGAAGAGAACUCUUAAAAGUUUAGACCAAAGAAAAGAAUGCUUCAUACACACGCAUAUUUAUGUGAAGGCGUUAAAGUCUAAUGCAAAGUGUUCCUGUUGACAUGUGGCAGCUACUUUUUACGGUCAAGCUUCAUAUUUUUAUACCGGGAUUUGAGACAUACUCAUCAGGGUAGAUGAUAGUUUGUAUCUGUACAUAGUUUCGAGAUGUAAAAAUGAGCCUUCGGAUUAAAAUCAGCCUGUUCACUUUUCUAAACAUGGCACUUUUUUCUUUUGUCCUCACAAAACUGAUUUUGUCUCCAGCAGUAGUGUUCCUUUCUCCUGAAGAGUUGGCUGCUGGCUUUCAUGUUGAUGGUAGAUCUAGUGCUUGUUGGUUUCUCAUGUUUUUUACUUAAAAAAACAACACAUUUUUGCGCCAUUUUGUCCUCUGCUGGGAUUCUCAGUAAAGAUCAUGAAAAUCAGAGAUGACUCUUUCUCUUUUUGUACACUACAGGAGUACAGGAGCAAGUCAGCAGCUGCAUGGAACUAAUGUUUGGAGAGUGUUCUGAGGAUGGAUUUAAAUGUAACACCAAGAUGAACAAUUUAAUGUCUGAAGUCUGACAAUUAUCAAUCAAGACAAUGGUUCAAAUGUAAUUGUGUGGCUUUUUAUCUUUUACUCAAUCUCGCUAAACAUAGUUGAUGUUGAAGAUAUCAGUUCUCCCACAAAUUCCAUUAAGACCUAACAUGGGAUCAACAGUUUUCAGAUUA